AUGCGGCGAUAUUAUGGAAAAUUUGAGAGCGUCUUGCGGCAGCAGACAUUAGCACUGCGUUUUAAAUUAUCUCCUGGCGAGAGACUCACGACGGUUAUUAUUCCGCAUUCAAUUUCUAUUCAACGACGCAGUUAUCACGACUACUCGAGACAGACCGCAUACCCGCCACCGCCUUCCCCUUCUUCCAUGCAGCAGCCGCCAGUCCCGCCAUAUGUAUACCAGGGAGGUCCACCGGUCCCACCAAUAUUCAAUAAUCAGCGGGUGAACCCAACAGGAUUUUUGGGCGCAGCAGUACCGGAAUUGGGAACCAAAGAACGGCCGAUAUUUGUUCUCUCGGCUCCUCAACAGGCAUCGUGGGCAACGCGACUGUGGCUGUUGCUACUUCUUGGAAUAGGGUUUAGUUGCAUAUUGAAUCUUCUUGAUGAAUUAAGUACCCGAAUUCAGGAAAAUAAUUCAUCCGUGAGGGCUUCUGCUAUUUCACGAGGGGCAAUUACAGGCAUGUUCGGGUCUGCCGAUGUGAAACCUGUGGACCUAAAUGAUCUUGAUGUCACAUUUGACUCGAUUCGUGGCUGUGAUGAGGCAAAAAAGGAGCUUGAAGAUAUUGUUGAGUUUCUCAAGGACCCAGAACGAUUUUACUAUUUGGGAGGGCGACUUCCAAAGGGUGCAUUGCUGGUCGGUCCCCCUGGAUGCGGCAAGACGAUGCUCGCUAAGGCCAUUGCAAAGGAGGCUGGUGUGAACUUCUUCUACGCCACAGGGAGCGAAUUUGACGAAAUGUAUGUAGGCGUCGGCUCACGUCGUGUCCGGGAAUUAUUUGCAGCUGCAAAAGCAAACUCCCCUGCCCUAAUCUUCAUUGAUGAAAUUGAUGCCUUAGGCGGUAAACGAUCGAGAACAGAUCACGCCUAUUCCCGUAUGACACUAAAUCAACUUUUGGCUGAGAUGGAUGGAUUCAGUUCGAAGGAGUCAAUUAUUGUUCUGGCAGCCACGAAUACUCCGGAUGCCUUGGACAAGGCUCUGACUCGUCCUGGACGUUUUGAUACAACAAUUUCUGUCGAUCCACCGGAUAUGAAAGGUCGUGAAGAAGUAUUAGAGGUAUAUUUAAACAAGGUGAAGGCGGAUGCUUCUGUUAAAGCUCAAGAAAUCGCUCGUGGAACAACCGGUUUUACUGGUGCAGAGCUGAGCAAUUUGGUUAAUAUUGCAGCAAUUCGAGCCGCGGUUCUUCAUAAAACUGCCAUAACUGUAGAGGAUGUUGAGUACGCCAAAGAUCGUGUGAUGAUGGGUGCGGAGAGUAAGAAGAUCAUUCCUGAAGAAGAACGACGGGUGACGGCGUACCAUGAAGGGGGCCAUGCUUUAGCGGCAAUUCUUCUAGAGAAGGAAGGUGCAGAUCCUGUGCACAAGGCAACAAUUGUUCCUCGAGGCAACGGUAUCAUGGGACUUGUACAACAAUUGCCUGAAAAGGACAAGUACAGCCAACGAAAAAAGCAGUGUUUGGCGCGACUUAAAGUUUGCCUUGCAGGGCGCGUGGGUGAAGAGAUCUUGCUUGGGGUAGAUGACGUGACCACUGGUGCCAGCUCGGAUUUCCAUCAGGCGACGCAGAUGGCGCGGAAUAUGGUAAGGCGCUUUGGAUUUAGUGAAGAUCUCGGCUUUGUUGACUAUGAGUCUUCAGACACGCCAGAGGGUGCGUACAUGUCGGAAGAAACAAAAAGGAAAAUAGAAAAGGAGGUCGCUUCCCUCCUAAAAGACUCAUAUAAGGAGGUUAAAGAAAUACUCCUUGUGCACCGGAAGGAAUUGGACUCUGUCGCUCAACAUCUCCUGCAGCACGAGACCCUCUCGGGUGAAGAAAUGAAACGAAUUUUGAAGGGUGAGGUGUUGCCGGCAAGGCCUACAAAAGAAAAUCUUCAGGCUUCAUCUACGCAGAAGCCACCCAAGGGCUCGGACGGGAUGAAAGGGAGGCGUCGCCCCGUGCCGAUUUCUUAA